AUGCCGCCCCGCAAUGUGUACUCCGCCGACUCCGCCGAGCAUCAAAGCCGGUAUGGCCGGUCUUUCACCUCCAGUUCGCCAAUUGCGGAAGCUGCCAUUUCGCGCGACUUGGCCCACUACACCGAUGAUGAUUCCUUUGCCACAGAUACCUCAGGAUCUUCGACAGUGCGUCCAUCAAGCAGCUAUGCCGGGACAAAUCCGCACUCGCUGGCCGGGUCUUAUCGCCGGCCAGGCUAUUUCACCACUGUCAAUCACACCACAACCAUUCCCGCCCAUGGCGACUACCAACCCUUGACCCACAGCGAACGUGAACAAGCGAUCCAAGAAGAACACGCUCUGUUAGGCGAUAACAAUGUCAUUCCGAUCGCGCAGAGGCCUCGUCGACUGUCACAUAACCUGAGCAGCCUUUUCUCCACGUCUCCGAGCCAGGUGCACGCAAGUUCAUCAAGACAAUACGGCUCUGUCCGAACCACAUCGACAAAUGGAGACAGGGGAGCCGGACAGGAUCCUACCGAGGCCACGGCUUUAUUGGCAUCCCCCGGUGACAAUGAGAUGGAUCCGGAGGAGAUCGAUCGGAAAUGGGAAGAAGCGGUGAUUGCAGGGUUAAUCAACACCACCUGGAAGCGGGAAACGGAAGUCAUCGCGCGAUACUCCCUGCCGUUGAUGGUAACCUUCUUGUUGCAAUAUUCCCUGACGGUCGCCAGCAUCUUUACAAUUGGUCAUUUAGGCAAGGAAGAACUGGGAGCUGUCAGCCUGGCGAGCAUGACGGUCAGCAUAACUGGAAAUGCGGUCUUUUCAGGUCUCGCAACAAGCUUAGAUACUCUCUGCGCCCAGGCGUACGGGUCAGGCAAGCGGAAGCUGGUGGGUCUACAAAUGUUGCGGAUGGUUUAUUUCUUAUGGAUUGUGACAAUCCCCAUCGCCGUACUUUGGUACUUUUCCGAGCAUAUCCUCGCCAAGAUCGUCCCUGAGCCAGAAGUUGCAAAGAUGGCUGGUCUGUACUUGAAAGUAGCCCUCCUAGGCACACCUGGAUAUGCUUGCUUCGAGAGUGGAAAGCGAUACCUGCAGGCUCAGGGCGUCUUCUCAGCGUCUCUGUAUGUGCUGAUUGUCUGCGCACCGUUGAAUGCGUUCAUGAACUGGUUUUUCGUCUGGAAAUUACAAUGGGGUUUCAUCGGUGCGCCCAUCGCAGUUGCUACAACGGAGACUCUUCUCCCCAUAGGCCUGUUCAUUUACGCUUACUUCUUUGUUGGCAGCGAGUGUUGGUGCGGCUUCUCCAGACGGGCUUUCCAAAAUUGGGGCCCCAUGAUCCGCCUCGCACUGCCAGGUUUGAUCAUGGUGGAAGCCGAAUGUCUAGCCUUUGAAGUCCUCACCUUGGCAUCAAGUUACCUUGGCACCACCGAGCUGGCCGCGCAAUCUAUCCUCUCAACUCUCUCGAGUAUCACCUGGCAGAUCCCAUUCCCCCUGUCUAUCGCGGGUAGCACUCGAAUCGCCAAUCUGAUUGGUGCCUCGCUGGCUGGUGCCGCAAAGACCACGGCCAAGGUGAGCUUCUGUGGAGCCACCAUCGUCGGGCUGUUCAACAUGGUUCUGCUUUCCACUUUGCGCUCCUAUAUCCCCAGACUCUUCAGUUCCGACCCAGAGGUCAUCGAUCUUGUGGCCAAGGUUCUUCCUCUGUGUGCGGCGUUUCAACUCUUUGAUGCUCUAGCUGCCAAUUGUAAUGGCAUUCUUCGCGGUCUGGGCCGCCAGGAGAUCGGCGGCUAUAUUCAGCUUUUCUGUUACUAUGUCAUUGCUAUGCCAAUUAGCAUGGGAACAACCUUUUGGCUCGGCUGGGGGGUCAUGGGCCUCUGGACCGGUGUUGCGUUGGCUCUACUACUUGUUUCUGCAACUGAAGCAGUUUUCAUUACUCGGAUAAGCUGGGAGCAUUCAGUUGAAGAGGCUCAACAGCGGAACCUGCUGACCUAG